AUGCAAAGCUAUGAGUCGGAAUAUGCCGAAUUCUCCGGAGUUCUACGUGGCGCCCCUCCUAUCCAAUUCGAUGUGGCGCUCUUAGAUGAGGCAGACGGCGAAUACUGGGAAUCAGGGUUACUUGCAGGCCAUCGCUGGGCAUUUCAAGAAGUGCUCUCCGGAGAAGAGGAGGCUGUGAGCAGAGCCUUGGCGGAGAGUCGAAGGUAUCUAUGGAUGGCUCAGCCGCAACCAGCCCAUGGAAUCAAUGCUUGUCAGACGGCCAUGAAAUAUCUUUGGCCCCCAGGGCUGGCUACUUGGCGGAGGGACGAAAAUCAAGUCGUGGGCUCUGGCCGGGCUUUGCAUCCAUCGGACCUUCCAGGAUUAGCAGUGACGUCUGAAACCCACCAAGGCCAGGUACCAGCACAGCCAUCAUGGCCUUCAACAACACCAUGGAUCACGGCUAAGUCACCUUAA